AUGGACUCCAAGUCUCUGCCCCCGCGGGCCCAGACCGUGGAAGAGAUCCUAGCCUCAGACACCCGUUCCGCCCUCUCCUCCCUCACCCCAUCUCUCAUCCGCCUCUACAGCAUCCUCGCCCCAGCCUGCCUCGUAGUCUGCGCAACAAACGGCUACGACGGCUCCGUCCUGACAGGCCUCCAAGGCGUCGCGGCAUGGAACCGCGAAUUCGGAAGCUCAAAGGGCGCCCUCCUCGGCUUCACCAGCGCCGCGUACCCCCUCGGCGCAAUCAUCUCGACCCCCUUUUCCGCCUUCGUCUCGGACCGUUUCGGGCGGAAAUGGUCCAUCCUCAUCGGCAGCAGCAUCAUGAUCAUUGGCGUGCUGAUCCAGUGCCUCAGCCACUCCAUCGGGCAGUUCAUCGGCGGCCGCAUCGUCGUCGGCUUCGGCAUCACCAUGGCUCUCGCCGCGGCGCCGGUGCUGAUCUCGGAGCUCGCACAUCCAAGGCACCGCGUCUAUCGUAUUGCCGGGUCGUGGGCGUGGCGGCUUCCUACAAUGUUGCAGGCGCUCCCGGCGGUGAUUCAGAUGAUUUUCGUGUGGUUCUUGGAUGAGUCGCCCCGGUGGCUUUGUUACAAGGACCGGGAAGACGAAGCGUUCAGCAUCCUCGUGAAGCAUCACGGGGGAGGAGACCCAACGAAUCCUCUGGUCGUCGCAGAGUUUCACGAGAUGAAAGUGGCCUUGCAGCUCGAGAAACAGGUCAAGGAUGUUGGACCAAAGCUCUUCUUCAAGACACCAGCCAACAGGAAGAGGCUCUUGAUCCUUGUCACUCUCGCCGUGUUUGGGCAGUGGAGUGGGAACGGUCUGGUAUCGUACUACUUGACAAAGAUUUUCACGAGCAUCGGUAUUACCAGCCAGCGCGAGCAGACUAUGCUCAACGGGGUCAUCAGCACCGUGAACUACGCCACGGCUCUAUUCGCGGCCGCGCUGUCGACCAGAAUCGGCCGCCGGUGGAUGUUUGUCGGAGGCGGCAUCGCCAUGUGGCUCACCUUUUCGUCGCUCACGGCCAGUAUUGCAGUCUACAACACAAAGGGGACCACGGCCGCUAGUCAGGCCGCGCUUGCUUUCAUCUUCGUCUUCUACGCCGCCUUCAAUAUCUGCCUAAACCCACUCCUCUUCCUCUACCCCACGGAGAUUCUCCCGUUCAGGCUUCGAGCUAUGGGUCUUAGUAUUCUCGUCUUUGCCAACAAGGCCGCGUCGUUCUUUAACCAGUUUGUCAACCCUAUCGGUAUGGACUCUCUGGGUUGGAAGUAUUAUUUGGUGUAUGUGGCAUGGCUUGUGGUUGAAGUUGCCGUCUUUUAUUUCUUGUACCCCGAGACCCGAGGUCACAGCCUGGAACGCAUGCAGGAGGUGUUUGGGGAGGAGGUCAAGGACGAUGGUCUUGAUGAGAAGGGUUCGGUUGUGAAGGAUAUGAGGGUCAUAGAACACAAGGAAUGA